GCUGAAAGGCCCUUCAAUCAGUGCUUCAGCGGCGAGGAUGCCGUUGGACUAUCUAUCGCCCUCUGGCAAAUGAAAGGAGACUACCCAUCUCCAUCGUCAGAUUGUUCUGGCAUGGGGAACCAGGAGACGUCCCUGGAUCUCCAGGGCGACAGUGACAUGGACGGUUCCUUUCCGACCACUAUCAAACCUAUGGACAGUACGGGCACAGACACAGUUGUGUCCCUGUCGACUUCUUUCUGGCCGGGUGCUCACUCCCAAGAGUGGGACAUCGUGUUCUGCUCAACCGAUGGUGUCCUUUUCUAUGUUCACUCGAGUGUUAUAGCAGUCGCCUCCCCACAUGCAUUUUCAUCCUUCCUACCGGCAUCGCCGAUGCCAUUCGGGGGGCAAGUGAUUUCAAUCCCGGAAUCUUCAGCAACGCUCAACAUUGUUCUCCACUCGCUGUACGGAACCUCCUGUGCGGCGAACUCUCCGACGUUGGGACAGCUGGUCGAAGCCGUCGACUGUAUGCCUAAAUAUGGAAUUGUUCCAAGCGACCUGAUUAUCCCUCAAACCGCUCUCUACACGCUCCUGCUGUCCCACGCACCCCACAGUCCUGUCGAAAUAUAUGCUCUGGCGUCCCAUCACAACAUCACCGCCCUUGCCGAAGCCGCUUCCUCCCACCUCCUUGCCUUUCCGUGUUCAAAUAUAAGCGAUCAACAGGCGCUAAAGAUGGGUCCGGUGUAUCUUAUGCGCUUACUCCUGCUACAACAUGCCCGUGUGGCCACAUUGAAGGAAUUACUCACUCUUCCUCCUCAAUUUCAUCCGGAGACUAAGCAGUGCAAAAUUGUCGACCAAAAGAAAAUGAUCAGGGCAUGGGCCUUGGCCUCCGCUUCCCUCAUUUGGGAGGCCAGACCCGGUGUGUAUCUCAUAUCAUCUCGAAAGCACGGGAACUAA